AUGCCUCGCCCGCGCCAGCGCAAGAGCGCAAACUCGCGCAAGGAGGAGAAGAAGCUGAAGAAAGAGCAGGAGGAGAGGGAGGCUGCGGCUCAGUUGGCGAGGGAGAAGCGGGAGAGGGAGCGCAAGACGCGCAUGGAUUGGGACGGCUUGCCCACGACGGGCGGCGACCCCUCGUCAUCUCGCCCGGUCGACCCUGAUGCGCUACCCGAACCCGACCCCGACACGAAGGCCUACUUCAAGCGCAUCUCUGAGCAGAUCGAAGAGAUGUCGGCGAAUGGGUUCGGCAAGCGCGAGACGCAGAUCAUCGUGAACGAGGACGGCGAGGAAGUCGAGGAGGAAAUCGAGGACGAGCGACCUCUCUUGCUCCGUUCGGCGCUCGAGUCGCUCUCGGGACACGAAGUCGCUCUCGCAGGCGAUCCCGAGACAAGCGUCGUGCUCGAACAGCUUCUUUACGCAAUGGACGACUUUGCGAAGCGGGUCUUGCUCGACCGUUUCACCGGCAUGUACGACAAGCUCGUCAAGCACAGGCACGCGAGUCACGUCCUGCAGACGCUGUUCGAGCUCGCAGGCGAGACUGUUGACCGCGAGACUCGCGGCAACAUCGCUACCGGCCCGUCUUCCGCCAGCGCCGACAGUCUUCCUACUAUGUCCGCCCUCCUCGUCUCCUGCCUUACGGAGCUCCUCCCGAACCUCCCCUCCCUGAUCUACGAUCCCUUCGCCUCUCACUGCAUCCGUAUUCUGCUCCUCGUCUUCUCCGGCGUUCCUGCCUCCUCGACCGACCCCGCCGCACGGAGCAAGAAGAGUGCGCAGUUCCGCCGCGGACAGGGGAAGGCCACGCUGGGGAAGAACUGGCUGGCGGACGAUGUCGCGUUCACGAAGGAGAAGGACGGCGGGAAGGGCAAGGGAAAGGGGAAGGGACGGGCGUCGGCGGCUGAGCAGCGCUUUGCGACGCCUUCGGAGUUCCGCCAGGCGUUGCAGGACAUGUACGAGCGGCUUUAUGCGCUCGACUCGGCUGGUGUCGACCCGACGACUGGACAUGCGCUCCCAACUGCGUCGAUUCCAGGCGACGGCGUUCGUCGCGCAGCGAUGCACGAAGUUGCCGGACCCGUCAUGCGCAUCCUCGUCGAGCUCGAAGCGCUCGAGCCGAACGGCGGUUGGCAGGCAGGCGGAUGGGCCGAUCGCGUCUUGUGCGGCCUUGUGAGCGAAGUCGCCUCGGGCGAGGUCGGCACGGCCAAUACAGCUGCGACGAGCGACUUGCGGGAAGAGUACCUCGCAGGCUUGCUGCGACACCCUGCCUCGUCGCCGACCUUCGAGAUGCUCCUUACCCUCGCGCCCAAACCCGUCUUCGACGCCCUCUGGUCCACCUUCUUCGCCCAGAAGCUGCAUCGACUCGCCGCGAACGCCGUUGCGAACUUUGUCGUCGCGGUUGGUGUCGCGCGGGUGGACGAGAAGCAGCUUGAUGCGUUGGUCAAGGAGCUGAGGGCAAUUGCGGAGGAGCGAAGGGGCGAGUGGAUCGACAACUACCGAACGGGUGUGCUGAGGGCGUUGAUGGAGAGUGCGAGCCGAUUGGGCGCGAGCGAGGCAGAGGUGUCCGGGCUCAUGCUCGACACGUUCGGCCUGCGAACGGAGGAGGAGCGCAAGCUCGUCGUGCCUUGCGUGCUUACCCUCAACCGCCUGACGCACUGGAAGAAACUCGCAAACGGCGCGACACCCGAACCUACGACGCAGGGAUCCGUACUCCUGCAGACUUGGCUCAAGAUGCACUCGCCGCACAACCAGGUGGUGCUCGACAGCGUCACCGCCUUGCCCUUUGACUCGCUCCUCGCCAUCUCCCGCUCCGCCACCUCUUCCCGCGUCCUCGAUGUCCUCCUCACCUCCUCGACCGUUCCUCCCCGCGCUCUCCGCACCUUCAUCCUUUCCCUCCUCGGCCACUUGCAUACCCUCGCCGACGACCGCAUCGGCUCGCGCGUCGCCGAACGCUGCUUCGCCUCGGCCGACGUCUACCUCAAGGACAAGAUCGCGCAGAGUCUGUUUGACAAGCAGAACGAUUUGCAGCGGAGCGCUUGGGCGCACUUCUUCGCUCGCAAGUUGGAGCUGCCGCUGUGGGGUCGGAAGCGGGAGGAGUGGAAGGCCAAGAUGGCGCAGCGGACGAACGAGGAGAAGGCACGGUUGAGGGCUGAGGAGGAGGCAGCGAAGGCGUCUGUGCAGCCGCAGACGCAGGAGGAGCAGCCGGCGACGCAGAAGAAGAAGAAGCGCGAGCGGAAGGCGGACGAGGUCGACGAGAUUUUUGCGUCGGCAGCGUCGGGCAAGAAGGCGAAGGCGAGCGGUGAUGGCGAGCGCAAGGCGAAGAGAACGAAGACGGACAGGACAGAGCGGGACGUCGCCGGGCUCGAGGAUGUCCUGUCGGCAAUCAAGGCGAGCGUGUAG